GACGAACGUCAUACGUCAAGACUGAAAAAGUUCAGAAAAUUUGUUGGAUGUUCAGUUUCUCGCAUAUUUUUGUUUAGUCAUACUUAUUGAUAUUUUGUUUAAAAGAAGUUCACGAAACCUCCAGAACUUUAUUUCAAUAUAAAAAGCCUUUGGAUAAUCAACUACAAAAAAUUAUUUGAGUGCUAUGGAGUUCCCACAUCUUGGAAAACAUUGUUCUGAAAAAUCAUGUCACAAGUUGGACUUCUUACCUAUGAAAUGCGACUCGUGUGAUAAAGUUUUCUGUUCCGAACACUUCAGCUAUAUGAAACAUUCCUGUCCUGGAGCAUACAAAAAAGACUUUCAAGUCCCCGUAUGCCCGUUAUGUGGAGAACCCGUUCCUACACCGCGAGGAACAUCUCCCGACCAGACUGUUGGUCAACAUAUAGAUCAGUAUUGCAAGUCGGAUACAAAGAAAAUCUUCACGAACCGUUGCUCUUACAAGAAUUGUAAAAAAAAGGAACUAAUACCUGUGACAUGUACAGUUUGCAAUUAUAAUUUCUGCUUGCGCCAUCGUCAUUCAGCUGACCAUGAGUGCACUGGUCCACAAAAAUUACAACGUAACUUAACAGCCAAUGCAGCUGAAUAUAGGAAAAAUAAUAAGCCCACAACAUUGUUUACAACAAAUCUAAAACCCACAGCAAAUAGAGUGAACAUAGCCCAAGGAAGCAGUCAGGCUAAAAACAUUCAGGGGAAUAUGACUGAAGACGAAGCAUUAGCACAUGCACUUGCUCUAUCUAUAAUGGAACUUGACGAAUCUGCUGAGCGGAGUAGAAGGACGAAUCAGGAAAGUCCAUCAAUAACGGCGGUCGGUGGCCAGAGAAACUCUAAAGAAAAGUGUUCACUGUCGUAACAGCUUAUUAUUAAUUAUUCUAAUACAAAUAUUUUGCUAUAAAAAAUUCAAUACAAAUAUGACUAAAAAUUGACCUAAUGGUUGUAUAAUUGAAGUAACAAUUUUCUUUAGUUUGAUUUUUGUUCACAAAUUAGUAACAUCUUCAAAAUUCAUUAGAUUUUCUUUUUGUCAUUUUCUUUGCUUGCUUUUAAGAAUAGGAUAUUGUAAAUUCUCAGACAUAAUGUAUAAAUUGGCUCAUAAUUGAAGCUUGUUUGAUGCAAAUAAAAUCGUUAUUAAAAA